UUUCAAACAAUUUAGUACUUACGUUUAUGGGAGAGUGUAUAUUACGAAUUGUCAAGGGAUAGUUGGUUGUCAGUUUGCGUCUAACAGAACUCUCGCAUCCAAAAUAAAGAUACUUAUCAAUUCAGCAUUAAAUUUUAUCAUUAAAAAUUUGGAAGCUGCACCUCAGAAUGGCAGGCUUUGCUGCUCAGGCAGCAUUGAGGUCAAAGUGGAGUAAUUUGGUUGAGUCUUCCUCAUUUGAUGUACCUGGAGAGGUUUCGUCGGGUGUGAGAAGUGUUGUUGGAUGGCUGAAACAGGCGUCUCUAGAGGUACGCCAGGCAGGUCGGAGAACACUCACUACCUUGUCAGGUGGAGCUAUGGCUACUUCUCCCAUUACGAUUCUGCAUUAUAAUGAUGUAUAUAACAUCGAGUCCAGAGCAACGGAACCAGUGGGAGGAGCAGCAAGAUUCUGUACUGCAAUUAAAUCUUUCAGCCAUCUUAAUCCAUUAGUGCUGUUCAGUGGUGAUAUAUUUUCUCCAAGCAUGCUGAGUUCCUUCACAAAAGGAGAGCAGAUGGUUCCAGUCCUGAACGAGUGUGGCACACAUUGUGCUGUAUUUGGAAACCAUGAUUUUGAUUUUGGACUAGAAGUUCUUGGUGAAUUGGUGAAUCAGACUACUUUUCCAUGGCUGAUGUCAAAUGUUAUUGAUCAAGAGACUGGGAGGCCUUUGGGAGAUGGCCGAAUAACAUAUGUUGUUGACUGGAAUGGGAAGAGAAUAGGACUUGUUGGUCUUGUGGAAAAGGAGUGGCUGGACACACUUGCGACUAUAAACCCAGAAGAAGUAACAUUCCUUGAUUUUGUGGAAGCAGGCAAGAAAUUAGGAGCUCAGCUGAAGCAGGAGGGUUGUGACUAUGUUAUAGCACUCACUCAUAUGAGAAUGCCAAAUGAUAUUAAACUUGCUGAAGCUGUUGAAGAAAUUGAUUUGAUUCUGGGAGGACAUGAUCACAUUUAUGACAUUAGACAGGUGAAUGGUAAAUAUGUUGUGAAAAGUGGGACAGAUUUUCGGCAAUUUUCAAAAAUCACUGUUACAUUUGAUAAAAACAAUAUUGAUGUUAACGUAGAAGAGAUUAAUGUUUCCUCUGAAUAUUGUGAGGAUGCUAUAUUGUCCAAAGCUUUGGAGAAAUAUUCAAGUAUCAUGGAAGGUAAAAUGGAUGAAGUUUUAGGAUCAUUUGCUGUUCCACUGGAUGGCAGAUUUGAAAGUGUACGAACUUGCGAGACCAAUUUGGGCAACUGGGUAUGUGAUGUUGUGUUAGCUGCAACUGGUGCUGAUCUGGUUUUAUUGAAUUCAGGAACAUUCAGGUCAGAUAUGAUCCACCCAGCAGGACCAUUUACUAUGAGAGAACUUGUUGCUGUAAUACCUAUGAUGGAUCCGUUACUAGUUCUUUCUGUCACAGGAAAUGAUAUACUCAGAGCACUGGAGAAUGGUGUUUCAAACUAUCCAAAGCUAGAGGGAAGAUUUCCUCAAGUAGCUGGUCUAAGCUUCGCUUUUGACCCAUCCAAAGCAGCGGGGCAGAGAGUAGAUCCUCAGCUGGUGCGCAUUGGAGAUGAGUACCUGAUUCCAGAUCAGCAUUAUCGCCUUGCAACAAAGUCUUACCUUUAUUCUGGCUGUGAUGGAUACACCAUGUUUAAAGAUGCCAAAAUAGUGGUAGAUGAAGAUGAAUGUCCUGAAUUGGGUUUAGCAAUUCAGAAUCACUUCCAUGCCAUAAAUAUGCGCCUGGGCAAAACUAAACGACAUUCAAAACACCGACAAAGCCUUGUCACAUUGUCUCGCAGACACAGUCUAGUAAAAAUGUUGGAUGGUGGUGAACUGGAUGGACCUACACCACUCCGCCGCUCAACUACUGUAGAUGUAGGCUCUGGUGAAGGGCCUCGACACUCCCCGAGUCCACCUCCUCAACCACGUAACCGUCUAACUCGGCGUGCCAGUCUCGAUGAUCUAGAGCAUGAGUCCUGUCAAUUGAUGCCACGUGUUGAGGGUCGAAUAGUGAUCCUUACUGAUCAGAAGCGCCAGGAACUAUUAUUGGAGCGGAAGAGGCUCGAGGAAGACUCAGUAAUACCAGAAGUAGAAGAUGAAUGUUCACCUCAGGGAAGCAUUGAUCAGUCGUAGUUUAUAUACAAAUACUUAAAGACAUGUUAGUUCAGUAUGUGAUUAACUAUAAAUUUUAAUACAGAGGAGAAUUAAAUAAAUGACAAUGGCUGUGGACGUAUUGCACAUUUACUGUUGGACUCACUCAGUAUCUUUUUCCUUCUUUUGUACACAGUAUAUGUGGUACCACUGAUAAUACUCAAUGUAUAGGAUGUACAAUAUUUAAUAUAAUUUUAAUUUUAUUAUCUAUUUGACUACCUCCUUAAACUAGAUAGAUUUUGUUCCAAACUUCAGUUUUUGAAACAUUUUCUAGGUAACUGAUGGUGCUGUGUGUUAUAAUCGUACAUUAAAUUGUCAAAUUAUGCUAAUGUUUACCAGUAUUCUUGUACAAAAAUCUUGCACUUGAAAUCCUAAGUGCCAGAAAUUGCCAUAAUUAUAUUAUUAUCACUGAUUCUUUUAUUUUAUCACUUUUAAUUUAUUAAUUGUAAAUAAUGUGUACAAACAAGAAAUAUUUUAUAUUUGUUUAAUAGUAGUUAGAGAGAAUCUAAAAUGUGAGAAAAAAAACAAAAUUGUGACCUAUUUGCUUGUGCAUAGACCUAUAUUGAAUUUUAAUUUCAAUUUGCUUUUGCAAUUUGGAACAUACAUGUAAAGCACAGUGGUAACAGUACAAAAUAUAUUUAUACCUU